GUUCAUCUGGCUUGCGGAUCGUGCGUUUUUCCUCACGUCUGGGAAACCGGCAAAUCAAGUGAUUUUUCUACAAUAAUUUCCCACCCAGUGACACAGGGAAUCAUGCAGGAACUAACGGAACGAAUCCUCCAGUAUAUCGAAAAACACGGCGACGUCGAUACGCUGGAUUUGGUCCCUGUUUUUGGCGAAGAUCAUCAAAAAAUUGUCGGAGCUGUGAAAAGUAUCGAAUCGACGGCAGCGGAUGUGAUCAACACGACGCAAGCCACCAGGAAAACCUGGGAGCUGACCGACGAGGGUAAGCUAAUACUGGCCAAUGGGAGUCACGAAGCUGUACUGUUCAAUGCCGUUCCGGACGCGGGGAUUCCACAAGCUGAGCUGAUGAAGACUUCUCCGAAUGCAAAGGUUGGAUUCAGUAAAGCCAUGUCCAAUGGUUGGAUUAUGAUGGACAAGUCUGCAGGAGCACCGCUGAUUCGGAAGAAGGUCGAGAAGAUUGAGGACGUUGUGAAGGAGCAUACUAAAGCCGUGAUGGAAGGUAGAGAUAAAGAUAUCCCGGAUAAUGUGAAGAAUGAGUACAAGAAGCGGAAGAUAAUGGCCGAAACGGUUACCAAGAGUUUUGUGCUGUCGAAGGGACCGGAGUUUUCGACGAGUUUGAAGAAGCUGGAAACGGAUUUGACCGUGGAAAUGUUGGCGAGUGGCAUCUGGAAGGAUCUCAAGUUCAAGCCGUACAAUUUCGAUGCCUUGGGUGUUCCUCCGGAGCGUGGCCAGCUGCAUCCACUGAUGAAAGUUCGUUCCGAAUUCCGUUCGAUAUUCCUGGAGAUGGGAUUCUCGGAAAUGCCGACGAACAAUUUUGUUGAAUCUAGCUUCUGGAACUUCGACGCACUGUACGUUCCUCAGCAGCAUCCGGCUCGUGAUGAGCAGGAUACGUUUUUCGUUUCGAAUCCCAAGUUGAGUAGUAAGUUUCCUCUGCAGUUGCUGGACGCUGUGAAGGAUUCGCAUGAAAACGGAACGGAUGGUUCGAUCGGUUAUCGGUACAAUUGGAAGCUGGAGGAAGCGCAGAAGAAUGUCCUGCGGACGCAUACCACUGGGGUCAGUGCACGAAUGUUGUACAAGAUUUCCAACCAAUCGGAAGGUUUCAAACCGGUCAAGUGUUUCAGCAUUGAUAAGGUGUUCCGAAACGAAACCCUGGACGCAACGCAUUUGGCCGAAUUCCACCAAGUGGAAGGUGUCGUUGCGGAUUACGGGUUGACGUUGGGCGAUCUCAUCGGAACGUUCAAUGCAUUCUUCAACAAGCUGGGCAUUACAGAGCUGGAGUACAAGCCGACGUUCAAUCCUUACACCGAACCGUCGAUGGAAAUUUUCUGCUUCCACCCGGGACUGCAGCGGUGGAUCGAGGUGGGAAAUUCUGGUGUCUUCCGUCCGGAAAUGUUGCGACCGCUGGGCGUUCCGCUGGGUGUUAACGUCAUUGCCUGGGGUCUGUCGUUGGAGCGCCCGACGAUGAUCAAGUACGGUAUCAACAACAUUCGAGAUUUGAUCGGACCGAAGGUGGAUCUGAAGAUGGUGCAGGAAGGACCGAUCUGCAGGAUGAAUCGCUAAGAGGUGGGACGUGUUUGUUAUUUUUUUUCCUUUUUCCAUGAUCUACCGUUUGGUGCGUAAAAUAUCAAAGUCUGCUAACGAAAA